AUGACCUGGGCGUGUCUGGGCGCGUACGGUGUGGCCCGUGUGGUGCUUGUCUCUGACGUUGGCGUGUACCAGCAGUUCCAGGAGAGUGAGGGGAAGCGAUUUGGCAAGGUGGUGCACGUUGGAUUCGAAUGCUCUACACCAACGGACCAAAUUCCACGAUCUGCACGAUCUGCAAGCCGCCCCCGCAAUCGCCGCGUGCCACCGCCGGCCGCGAGCAGGACCUGCAAGGCACCUCCCGCGGUCAUCGCACCUGCACGACCCGAUUUACCCCAACCAUCGCCAUCACGCAAGCAUGCCGCCUCCCUGCCUGCCGAGAGUAUGUCGCCGCCUGCACGCCGGCGCCGCCGCCCUGCACCCUCUACCCCUGCAUGCCGGCGCCGCCGCCCAGCUUGCCCUCUACCAUGCACGCUGGCGCCGCCGGCCUCUACCCUGCGCGCGCCGGAACCGCCGCUCUGCACCCUCGCCCUGCACGCCGGUGCCGCCGCCCUGCCCGACGCGAGCGAGACGCCGCCUCCGCAGCACCUGCCGUUCGUCGCCAAGUCCACUGCACCGGCCCGUCCCUGCAGACAGAUCGAUGGCUUCCUAGAGUGUGUCUGGGUAUAUCCUCUUGUUCAUUGUGUGAGGGCCCGAGAGGAUGCAGAAUCAUUUCCCAAUAUUCCUGGAUGGCCAGCAUGGAGAAUAACCCAGCACGGCAGCACCGUCGUUGAGAGGAUUCCUGCGAAGUUCGGGCUAAGACAGGAAACUGACGACUUCCCCUCAAAAUCGUCAGCACUCGAUAGUAAGGAAGAUGAACGCGUCAGGAAAAUGAAGAAGAAGCCAACCGACUUUGCCUUGGAAGGUUCGACAGUUAAAACCUCGGCAGCUGACGGCAAGACAAUUAUAGAAGAAAACAAAACUCUGGCAAUCACCGCAAGAACUCCUGAUGAAACCAGUGAUGCUUCCAAAGCCACUGGCACGGCGGACAAGCUUGAAGAUAAGAAGAACCCUCCUCUUGCUUAA